UAAAGCGUAGUUAAAUCACAUAGAAAAAGUACAACCAAAGUGCUCUAGGAGCCAAAUUUUAAGUUCCGGCCUACACACCUAAUAAUUUCUCUCAUCCCUGCCCCACAAUUUCAACAUUCCAAAGCUAGUCAAUUGUACUGUCGUGUCGGCCAAAGACACCCAUCAAACAAAAAGUCAACAGAUAACCUGUUAAAACCCGACUAAAAAAAUUUAGAUUAUGAGAAAUCUGUCUCAUAGAAAAAUAAAAAAAGAUGGUAGGAAAAGCCGCGGUUCUCAUCGGUUGCAACUACCCAGGAACAAAGGCCGAGCUCAAGGGCUGCGUCAACGACGUCCACCGCAUGCGGCGUUGCCUGAUCGACCACUUCGGCUUCACCGAAGCCAACAUUACGAUCCUCAUCGACACCGAUGACUCCUACACGCUCCCAACCGGCGUUAACAUACGCCGGGCUAUUAACCGGCUCGUCCGCUCCGCCAACCCCGGCGACGACGACCUCUUCCUUCACUUUAGCGGUCACGGGGCUCGGCUCCCUGCCCAGCCGGAGGAGAACGAUAACACGGGAUAUCACGAGUGCAUAGUGCCGUGUGAUAUGAACCUCAUAAUCGACGAAGAUUUUCGCCAUUUUGUUAACAAAUUGGCUGAUGGAUGCCGGCUGACGAUUGUGGCUGAUUCGUGCAAUAGUGGCGGAUUGAUAGAGAAUGCUAAGGAGCAGAUUGGCGAGAGCACUGCGAAGCGAAAAGAUGAAGCCUUCGUUGACGUUCCGGCCGGAGUCGAGCUACACGCCCGUGCCGGCAACGGAGAUAUUCACUUAACCGGCCGCGCACUCCCCAUCCCAAUCUUAGUCGAACUACUGAAGGAGAGCACCGGAAAAGAGGACAUCCAUGAAGGCAACAUCCGGUCGACAAUCAUCGACGCUUUCGGUGAUUCUGCAAGUCCCCGACUGGCUAAGAGCGGCCACUAUCGUGGAAUCGAAGUUAAUGGAAAAGAAGAAAGCACAAGAGCCAAAAAACAGAGCACGCUCUUAGCGCCUACAGCUCCUUCUGGUCGGUCAGUACUGAUCAGUGCUUGCCAGUCCGACCAAAACGCGGCGGAUGCGAAGCCGGUGAUGAAGCCAGAGGAGCAUAUGGUGCUCUCAGCAACACAAUUCAGAGCAUAUUAGCUGAUCAGGCUAAAGGAGAGAUUUUGAGCAACAGGAAGUUGGUUUUGAUGGCUCGUGAGAAGCUUGCGAAGCAGGGCUUCACGCAGCGACCAGGGCUGUAUUGUACUGAUGAAGUUGCCGAAGAACCUUUUCUGACCAGUGAUUCUGUUGUUUAGGGUUGAUUGAUGAAGAUUAGAGAGUAAUUAAUUAUUCUAAUUACCUAAUAUGUGUGUGUUGUUUGAUUAACUAAGUAUUAAUUAUUUUACGUAUAUUUGAUUUGAAUUGAAGAAUGUAAAUUAUUAC